GGCUCAUUCAGUGCUCAGUCCGGCGCGGGCCGCCAGCGGCGCUACAGCUCCUCGCUCCGCUCGUGCCGCUUUACUUUCCGAGGACGGUUUGGUUUGCGAUCGUUUACCGCCGGUCUCCAUGACGCCGGCGGGACCGCCCGGCCGAAACGCCGUGACAUAGAAGUAGGCGAAUUAGUGUAGAGUGCAGUGCGUUUUGUAGUGUCGUGUCUCUCAGCCUUCUGAACCCUCAUGUUGGAUUAACAUCGGAUGACGACUUCGGUGUCCGGCUCCGGCGGCGGCCUCGGCAGGGAGCUGAGCCUGCAGCUGGUGCGGCAGGGCUGCCGGGUGAUCUGCGUGGACCAGGACGUGCUGCAGGUGCAGGAGACCCUGGGGCUGGCGAGGUCCCUUCAGACUGACGGCGCACUGGACGGCGCCCAGACGAUCCGGGGUUACGCCUGCGACUGGAGGAACCCCGGCGAGGCGUUGGGGCUGUCCAGGGCCGUGACCACCACGGAGGGCGGCGUCGACCUCAUCUUCGUGGUCCCGGAGAGCAACAACAACAACGAGAGUGCCGUGGACGGCGCGGGCAAGGUGGUUGGCAACGAGUUCUGGCCCCUGCUCGGCUUCCUGCCCGGCAUGUUGGCGCGAGCGCGCGGACACGUCGUGCACGUCCUGGACGAGCAGAUCGCCCACAAGACUGGGCUUGUCGCGGACGCGUGGAUCGAGAGCCUGCUCGAGGUGGGUGCCGACGUUCGCUACACCAAGGUGCACCUCCACUCUGACCAGGCGAGGCACCGCCCCUGCCGCGCCGAGGACGCCGCCUGCUCCAUCGUGUCGGCCGUGCGUCGGGGCAGCGCCGAGGUGCACAUCGCGUACCCCGUGUGCUAGGACUACGCGGCGCUGGGCGCGCCCGGCCCCCCGGCGGCGCAACGUCCCGGCGCGUUCGAUACGCCGCCCCAUCUACCCGAAUGCCCUCCCGGUUGCGCCACGCGCGCCCCCACGGGGCCGCGCCGGCCGGGCACCAGCAGAGCAUCCUCGGCUUACUCCAGAAUCGCACGGUGCACCGCGUCCUGGAUCGCAACGCCACCGGCGCUUGUAGCUGAAAAGAGACAGAUGUGAUGAACAUUGCUUCCAGGUGAUUACAUUAUGGGGCCGUGCGCGAAACACCCAUGUAUUAGAUAAUUAUGUCACUACGCGACUAACGCAAAGGUGGGGCAGCACAGAUGGCGGAAACGUGAACACUUCCACGCCUUUUUUAGAGUGUCACUACAGUCAACAUUUUCGUUCCCUUCUUAGUAAAGUAGGAUGUCGAACUUUGUUUUACCAGUACAUGCUUACAACACGGACACGUAAACGGCUGGCUACUUUGUUGUCAUUCGCGCUCUGUCAUUCCCUUGCGCUGCCCAUAAGUCUGUCGCUGACAGCCGUCAUCCCGUGAACCCCAUCUUCAGAGAUAUGUAGUUUUUUUCUACUUCACAAUGCUCAGAUCUUUUGUUGUUACGUUUGGUGGUUCCACCAAAAGCACGUAACUCGUCCCUCGGAGGAUAAUUUCCAAAAGCAAACUGUCAGACAGCUCCUUUCUAAAUCCUUACAUCACAUCAGGUCCAGGAGGGCGAUGGGUGGCCUACCGCCACGGCGUAAUGGCCUCCGCCCGUCGACCAUGGCCUGCGCUCGCCUGCUUCAGUCAUGCCGCACGCGUGUUACGAUGUUCUUAAUGAUAUUGUGGUUUUCGAUCUCUUUGGGAAGCGUUAAUAUAAUGACGGUAAAAAGAUAAUAAAAAUAUUUUUGCUACA